AUUCCUUUAAAUAAAAAAAUAAAAUAAAAUAAUAGUACACAAAAAUCCGUUAACCCGCACAGAUCUGCUAUUUUUUCGUCUUCUGAACAACAAUCAGAUUCGAUCUCUUCACGAAGACUAACGAGACUCCGUCUCUCUCUCCGAGUCUAAGAAAGGUUUUUUGGGGUUGUGAUUGAAAUUUGAAUGGAGGGGAUUGGCGGUGACGGUGCCUCAGUGGCAUCACCCGUGUCUCAGUGGGCUCAUGGUGCUUGGAGGCGGUACCAGUAUUAUUUGGAUAAGACUACUCCUCAUUCAGUCAAUAGGUGGAUUGGGACUUUUGUAGUAAUGGCUCUCUACUGUUUACGAGUCUAUUAUGUUCAAGGAUUUUACAUCAUCUCGUACAGUCUUGGGAUCUAUCUACUGAAUUUGCUGAUUGGGUUUUUGUCUCCUCUGGUUGAUCCUGAACUUGAAUCUUCAAAUGGGCACUUGCUGCCAACAAAAGGUUCUGAUGAAUUCAAGCCAUUCAUUCGUCGACUUCCUGAGUUCAAAUUUUGGUAUUCCUUCACGAAGGCAUUCUGCAUUGCAUUUGUCAUGACCUUCUUCUCCAUAUUUGAUGUUCCUGUUUUCUGGCCUAUAUUACUUUGCUACUGGAUUGUUCUGUUUGCCCUUACAAUGAGGCGCCAAAUUGCCCACAUGAUCAAAUACAAAUAUAUUCCUUUCAGCAUUGGAAAGCAGAAGUAUGGUGGUAAGAAAUCUUCUGCAAGUAGCAGUGGCUCCCGUGGCGAUUGAAGCUGGGUCGUUUUAUGUUAGAGCAAUUAGGGAAGAAAGUAUUAGUAGUGAAAAUCUGUGUUCAUUUUUUUCCUUCUCCUUUUGGUGGCACAUGCUUCAAGAUACGAUGGAAUUUAGCACAUAGAAAAAUGUAAAAUUAAAUUGAGCCGUUGCAUUUUAUGAUGGCAGAAGAAGUGUCGAUGUGCAUUUGGUGAAAGCCUCUUGUUUUAUACAACAUAUUAAGAAGAAAUUCAGUUCAAGUAUUUGUUUUGAUUAGUUGAUUAUCAUCA